AUGGUGUCCCCUCCUGGCAGACCCAUUGUCUCUGCUAUGGGCUCUAUUCUUCAACCCAUCGCACAAUUUGUGGAUUACUACUUGCAGCCUAUGGUCAGGGACAUGGAGAGUUUCCUACGUGAUUCAUCAAUGCUCCUGGAUUGCUUAUCCACCAUUUCUUGUACUGAUAAAGACCUGCUGGUGACCCUGGAUGUUACCAGCCUCUAUACUGUAAUACCUCACCAUGAUGGCAUGGAAGCUACAAGACAACAUCUCCUCCAUGAUCCCUAUGUGGGGCCACCAGUGGAGGUUCAUUACCGGGGACUCUUCCUCAUGAUUUUUUCUCUGGGAAUUGGCGGCACAUUUCAAUACGGCUUCCAUAUUUCUGUCCUGACUUCCCCAUCUCCGUUUAUAAAGAACUUCAUCAACAGCACAUGGAUACAUCGUUAUAACAAUCCUAUCAGUGACAGUGCUCUGAGGAUACUGUGGUCAUGUAUUGUGUCAGGUUACUGUAUAGGAGGAAUUGUGGGAACUGCAGGAUCUGGUUAUUUCUCUUCGAUAUAUGGGAAAAAGAGAAGCCAACUUUACAGCAACUUGAUUCCAUUAGUGGCAGCAAUGCUGAUUAGCUGCAGCAAGUUUGCUAAAUCUUUUGAGAUGAUCCUAAUUAGCCGGAUUCUUUACGGCAUCAAUGCAGGGAUUGGACUCAAUCUACAUCCUCAGCAAGCUGCAGAAAUUGCACCUAAAAAUCUGCGUGGUUUCACCAAUACUACUAUCUCCAUCUUCGUGACAGCAGGGAAGCUUUUUGGGCAGAUAUUUGGGCUCAGAGAGGUCCUGGGUGCUGAAUCCCAGUGGCCCUUGCUACUUGCUAUGAGUGGGGUCUGGUCACUAGUUCAGCUGGUCACUUUGCCAUUUUUCCCAGAGUCUCCACCUUACCUUUUAAUGGAGAAGAAUGACAAGGAAGGCUGUGUGACAGCCCUAAAAACACUGUGGGGGGACAGAGAUCACCAGUCACAAAUUGAUGAGAUGCUAAAGGAACAAGCUGCCCGUAAAAGUAAGCGAAAUCUGAGUGUCCAGGAACUUCUGUGGGAACCUUCCUUGCGGUGGCAGCUCUAUACACUGAUCGCCUUGACGAUCGCUCUACAGCUUUGUGGUGUCAAUGCGAUUUAUUUCUAUGCCUCCGAAGUUUUUCUUGCUGCUAAAUUUCCACUCACACAAAUUCCCUAUUUAACGGUCGGCGUUGGAGUGUGUGAGACAUUCUCAGUGAUUCUCAGUAGUCUGCUGGUAGAUCGUUUUGGAAGAAGAAUCUUGCUUCUGUUGGGAUACUUGGUCAUGGUUUUGAGUCUGGCUUUAUUAACUGUGUCAAUAUCCCUUCAGGAAAGAUUCCAUUGGUUGCCUAUCUGUAGCGUAAUGCUGAUAUUCCUAUUUGUGAUUUCUUUUGGGACAGGGCCAGGUUCUACUACUGUGACUGUCAUUGCGGAAAUGUUUACUCAGGAAUCCAGAGCAGCUGCGUUUACUCUUGUGGGAGUGAUAAACUGGAUUGGGUUGCUUGCCAUUGGAAUGAUUUUCCCCUUUGUAGAGGCCAGCAUGGGACAAUACUGCUUCCUUAUCUUUCUUGUUGUUAUUGCUGGAUGUGGGAUAUUUCUAUUCUUUUUUCUCCCGGAGACAAAAGGAAAAUCAUGGUUGGAGAUUAGACAGGACUUUGACAAGCUAAACCUAACAAAACAACAGAGCACAGAGAACUCAAAGAGUCCCUCAAAGGACUUUGUUGUCUCCACCAAGUUGUAAAGCACCGUGUGAAGCACCAGACUGGCUAUGCACAGACACUGAUAUGAAGAUCAUUAAAGGGACAUGAAACCCAAAAAAAUAUUUCAUGAUUUAGAUAGAACAUGUGAUUUUAAACAACUUCCAAUUAGCUUCUAUUAUCUAUAUUGCUUUAUUCUCUUGGCAUCCUUAGUUGAAAUCAUAUAUAGGUAGGCUCAGGAGCAGCAAUGCAUUACUGGGAGUUAGCUGCUGAUUGGUGGGUGCACAAAAAUGUCUCUCUUCAUUGGUUCACCAGAUGUCUUCAGAUAGCUCCCAGUAGUGCCUUCAAAACCAAGAAAAUGAAGCAAAUUGGAUAAAAGAAGUAAAUCAGAAAAUUGUUUAAAAUGACACGCUCUAUUUGAAUAAUAAAAAAUAGGAAAAAGAAAAAUGGUGGGUUUCAUUUCCCUUUAAGUCCUUGUAUAUGUCAUAAAUAAUAAUAAAUAUUUUAGGCUAGUACUAUCUUUUGUACUGGGUGUUGCUAUGAGAUUUUAUAGACAGCUGUGAUAUCUACAUCACUUCACAUCAGGCACAUAGCUCACUGAAAUAUGAAAUUACAAGUCAUGUGACAUAUACGGCAUCAGAGUCCUUUCUUCCAUAACAUUGCUCGUGGG